AUGCAGGCUGAUGGAUUUAAAAAGAUUCAUCAUUUAUCAAUCUAUGUAAUAAAUUUGCUAGUGCUAGUGAUUCUUCUCAUUAAUUUAAUACAAUAAAAAAAAAGUCAUAAAAUUUUAAUAAGAUCUUUAAUAGUUGUUAAAAUAAAUUAUGCACUAAUGCUCCAAACACUUUAAUAACUCACAAUUAUUGUUAUGCAUACUAUAAUACUAACAAAUAUAAAUGUCCUGUUUUUGUUAUUCUAAGUGAAGGUAAAUUAACUUUCGGAGGAUGUUAAGAAACAACUGAUUGAAAUAAUUAUAUUGAUAAUGAAUAAUGUUAAAUUAAUUUCAAUGGUGAUCCAUGCUAAUGGAAAGGAGCCUACUGUUCUAAUAAAUCUUGUGAAACUGGUACAGCUGAUCAUAGUGAUGAUUAUAAAUAUAGAGCUUACUUAAAUAAUAAAUGUAUGGUAUCAUUAUCUGAGUAAGGAUGUAUAGAUGUACCAAUUACUUGUGAGGUAAUUGACUUAGAAAUAAUUUUAUUAUAAUUACUUUUCUAAUUAAAUUAGUCAAAAAUACAUUCAAAUUUUAACCAUAAGUCAAUGA